AUGGAGCUAAACAUCGCACGAAUCGCACUAAGCACGACUCGAAUCCGGGUGGAGCAGGAGCGCCGUCGAGCCCGACGCAGGUACUGGGUUGCCGAAGUGCUGCAGAGGCGACAAGCCCGAGGCGAGUUUUUUAACUUGGUGCAGGAGCUGCGUGCCGUGGAUCCCGACCGGCACCAUGCCUACUUCCGCAUGAGUCGGGAGACCUUCGACCUGCUUCUCGCCAAGAUCGGGCCCAGCAUCACGCGCCAGCGCACCAACUUCCGCGAACCUAUCGACCCCGCUCAGCGCCUGGCCGUGACGCUGCGGUACCUGGCCUCCGGCAUGGAGUUUUCUGCGCUGGCACCCUGCUAUCGCCUCGGCGAGAAAACCGUGCGUGCCAUCGUGUACGACACAUGCGCGGCCAUCAUCGCCAUACUGGGACCGGAGGUGCUUCCAGCUCCCACCAGGGCGACGUGGGAGCGAAGCGAGGAGAUCUUCCGCACCCAGUGGAAUUUCCCGAACUGCGUGGCCGCGUUGGACGGGAAGCAUGUGGUACUCCAAGCCCCUUCCAACUCUGGCAGCGAGUACUAUAACUACAAAAAGUCCUUCAGCAUCGUCCUCCUGGCAGCCGUGGACGGUGCCUAUCGGUUCGUGUACACGUCAGUGGGAAGCGCCGGAAGAGAGUCGGACGGGGGCAUUUUUAGGAGGAGUGACCUAGCCGCCAAACUGCAAGAGAGAGUGCCUCUCGACCUGCCCCCUCCCAAGGCGAUCGAUCAGAGAGGCACGACCCUACCAAGCGUCAUCGUCGCCGAUGAAGCUUUCCCGCUGACGGUGCACAUGAUGCGGCCCUAUCCCGGACGUACCGAGAGCCGGCUGGGAGCUCCGGCCACCAUCUUCAACUACCGGCUGUCGCGCGCCCGACGGGUAGUGGAGAACGCGUUCGGGAUUCUCUCCCAGACGUGGCGCAUCUUCCGGCGUCCGCUGAACGUCAAUCCUGAGCACGCCUGCACUAUUGUCAGGACGGCGUGCAUCCUGCACAACUACGUGCGCGACCAAGGACAGGCGGACAGCCAGCAGCCGCAGCAGGCCGACGCCAGCGGCGAGCAGGUGGGCGGACUCUGCGAGCUGGGCAGGCUGGGCGCCAACAACUUCACUCGGGAGGCCGAGCGCAUCCGCGACCAGUUCGCCCGGUACUUCAUGGCCGAGGGAGCCGUCCCCUGGCAGGAUGCUGCUGUCGGGCAGUGA